UGCGCCGUUUGGCUUGACGCAUGCUGGGAUUUGAAGUCGCAACGGCUGCGCUGAUUUACAGAAACUACACCGCAGAUACCUAAGCGACCCUUUCUGUUUGUUUCUGAGAAACUUGCGGCAUAAAUGUCACUCCCUUUUAACCCAACGCGGAGGGCAUGUGGUGUUAGAUUACGGGUGUAUUUUGGGGUAUAUUUAACAGCGAUUGAAGCAGAAGAUGGUUGUUUUCAGACUAAGGAGGGAUCAUAGGAGGCGUUUUAUUAUUCUGUUCUUAAGUCUCGCAGGUUUUAUUAUUUACCGCCACUUUGGAGGUCAGUCAGGGAAAAUGAGAAGAAACCGAUCCACAGGAUUGAGGGUGAACUCAUCCCAGUUCACCUUAGGAGGAGAGCAGUUUUGUAUUUUGGGGGGCUCUUUACACUACUUCCGUGUUCCAAGAGCAUACUGGAAGGAUCGGAUGAUGAAGAUGAAAGCCUGUGGUCUCAACACCAUUACCGUUGAUGUGCCGUGGUCUCUCCAUCAACCCGAGAAAGAAGAAUUCAGUUUCCAAGAAGGUCACGAUUUAGAAUCUUUUCUUCAUCUGGCAACAGAAGUGGGGCUUUGGGUCAUUUUACGACCCGGACCAUACGUAGGCUCGGAUCUUGAUCUUGGAGGAUUGCCUAGUUGGCUUUUACGUGAUAAAGAGAUGAGGCUGAGAACUACUUACCCAGGAUUCCUUGCAGCUGUAUGCGUAUAUUUCAAUAAACUCAUUCCCAAAGUGGUGCCUUUCCAGUUUAAGAAAGGUGGACCGAUCAUUGCCAUUCAAGUGGAGAACAAAUACGGUUCCCAUGGGAGAGAUGGCAAAUACAUGUCAUUUCUCAAAGAGGCUCUUCUGGAACGAGGCAUCAGUGAACUUCUUCUCACGUCGGACAAUCACGAGGGCUUGAAGUACGGUGGAAUCGAAGGAGCUUUAAGAGCUUUAAAUCUUCAGAAAAUAAAUUAUGAUGACAUCAGAUAUCUGAAAACUGUGCAGUCCAACAGUCCCAUGCUGGUGAUGGAGCUCUGGACGGGGCGAAGUGAUGGCUGGGGUGGUUUACAUCAUAGUUUUCCUGCAGAGGACCUGGUUGCCGUGGCGAGGGAGGCACUGAGACAAGGAAUGUCCAUCAACCUCCACUUGUUCCACGGAGGGACAAACUUUGGCUUUAUAAAUGGAGCGAUGGCCUACCCCUCUUACAAGGCUCUGGUCACAAGCUAUGAUUAUGAUGCACCUCUGUCAGAAGCUGGAGAAUACACACCAAAGUAUCACCUCCUCAGAGAUCUUCUGAGCCGUUUCAACCGUGAAACGCUCCCUGUGAUGCCGAGCAUCCGUUGGAAAGAAGAAUAUGAACCGGCCAUUAUGUUCCAGCAUCUUUCGCUGUGGGACGCACUGCCAUACACACAUAAGCCUUUCAAAUCCAAUCUUCCUAUUAAUAUGGAGAAUCUUCCAGUGAAUAAUGGCAACGGCCAGGCAUACGGAUACACUCUCUAUGAGACCGUCAUCAUCACAGGAGGCUUUUUAAAAUCAGGACACAACAUCAAAGACAGAGCCCUGGUGUUUGUUAACCAAAGUUUCAUUGGCAUUUUUUACCAAAGAAAUUUGGAAUUAGCAGUUUCUGAUGACAAGGGUAAACGAACUCUGAGUUUGCUGAUUGAGAACUGUGGUCGUGUGCAUUAUGGUAAAGACAUGGAUGAUCAACGCAAAGGUAUUGUUGGGGAUAUUUUAUUGAAUAAUGUGCCACUUAGAGAUUUCACGAUCUACAGUCUAGACAUGACUUCAGAUUUUUUUGACAGAUUGUACAGUGCACCUUGGAAGUUCCCUCCAAACAAACCAAGCUUCCCUGGAUUUUUCCAAGGCAGGAUAUUUGUGAACGGCUACCCAAGCGACACUUUCAUCAAGCUGCCAGGUUGGAGUAAAGGUGUUAUCUUUAUUAACGGACAGAAUAUUGGACGGUAUUGGGACGCUGGACCACAGCAGGCUCUGUUUCUGCCAGGCCCCUUCCUCAACAGUGGAAUGAACCAGGUCAGCUCAUAUGAAUAUUUGCUCACUUCUUUCAGACGAAUGGAUCUGUAUCGACAAGUAUCUACAAUUGCAGUGAUUUAUACACACUUGUUUUAAACCAGGAAUUAAAUAAAAUGAACGAUGCAUUGUUUUUUAACAGAUAAUUGUAUUUGAGGAAGCAGAAGGGGAUUUUAAAAUCCAGUUUGAAGAUUCCCCUGAUUUGGGAAUGACAGUUGAUAUUUAACAAAGAUGUUUUUGGUAACAUGAUGACUGUGGAUGAAGUGUCGAAAAAUGUUUAAACAAAAAAUUGACAAGAAGAUAUUUGUAUUAUAAACAUGGCUUGCAUUCCAUUUUUUACAUUGUUUUAUUUGUAUUCUACCAGAACUGUCUAUUUAUAUAUGAGGUUGGAGUGUGUAUAAUGGCUUCAUCUAAAAAACUGUAAAACCUCAAUGAAAGCUUACAUGUUCACAGUAAUCUAUACAUUUCCUAAGAAGGGGCUGUGUGUGCGGGUGUGUGAAAACCUGUAAAAUUAAAUGAAUGCAGUAACUGUAUCUGAACUUCAAUUUAAAGCAGCACAAUAAACUUA